AUGACAAGCGUUAAAGAUGCACCAUUCAGUGUCAGCAAUUAUUUAACGAAGUAUGGCUAUCUAAAGCCUAAGAAGACUCCUAACACUGGAGGUGUGAAAUCACAGAAUCCUGACAAAAUCCAAUUUGGAUUGCCUGAGAAUUAUUUAACCGACAUUAAUAAUCUUUUUGACGAAGUUUUUACUGAUAAAAUCCAACGCGAGGAAAGAUCGCUGGCAGGUUUUUCCCAAGACGAAAUCGAAAAAGCCUUAUUUAAACUACAGUCCUUUAGCCAAGUAAAAUUGACCGGUCGAUUAGAUAUUGACACAAAACAGAUGAUGAAAAAACCGCGCUGUGGGCUCAARGACAUGGACGUUCACARMGACRAWYUCAUGACGCAAAUUGCACGAAAAAUGAGUGUGAGAGUUCAUAAACGAGUGAGACGUUACGUGCAGCAAGGCAGUAAAUGGAACAAGUUCAUUAUCAAAUGGAGUAUUCCCACUAACAAAUGGAGUACCAAGAUGACGUCUGCUCUUGUCAAGUCUACGCUGGCAGCUGCUUUUAGAUCUUGGGCAGAAGUGUCUCCUUUGGUCUUCCGAUAUGAGUCUAAUUCAGCGUUGGCUGAUAUAACGAUCCUAUUUGCUCAAGGAUAUCAUGGUGACUUCAAAGCGUUUGAUGGACCAGGAAACGAGCUUGCGCAUGCGUAUUAUCCACAAUACGGAGGUGACAUCCAUUUUGAUGACGCAGAGCCCUGGACCCCAAGAACAAGCGAUAGUACCCACCGGAGUCUGUUCAAGGUUGCUAUUCACGAAAUUGGCCACAGCCUUGGUUUGUAUCACUCGUCUGCAGCAGGAUCCAUCAUGAAUCCUGUAUAUUCCACCCUGGGGGAUAACCUAGGCGAUGAUGAUAUCAGUGGCAUGCAAGCUAUCUAUG